AUGUCGAGCAGCGCUCAGAAAGACACCGCGGUCACUGAGACCAAUGUGCCAUCAGAGAUUCAAUCACUGCCAGAAGAUACUAUCAAAGAAACCUCAUACUUCACAUCAAUCAGACGCUACAUCUGGGACGACCCUGCUAAAUCCUCCAAAGAAAAAUGGUUCCUGUUCAAGCUCGAUAUCUUCUUGCUCAGCAUUUCUUGUCUCGGGUAUUUCAGCAAGAACCUCGACCAAGCCAAUGUCGCUAAUGCAUAUGUCUCCGGAAUGUCAGAUGCAUUGAAAAUGAAAGGCAGCGAGUUAACAUAUGCCGGCAACGUCUUUACGGCGGGCUAUGUUCUCGGUCAAUUGCCUGCGGUCAUCCUAGUUACCCGCAUUCGUCCUUCGAUUCUCAUCCCGACCAUGGAGGUUCUUUGGUCAAUCUUUACAUUCUGCUCAGCUUCUGUAAAGACUACUUCCCAGCUAUACGCCAUACGAUUUCUGAUUGCUCUCUGUGAGGGAACGUAUUUCCCGACUGUUGUAUACAUUAUUGGCUCAUGGUAUACCAAGAGUGAGCGCGGAAAACGCAUGACCAUAUUCUACGCCACUGCAAGUUUUGCGGGAAUGUUCAGUGGCUAUCUGCAAGCUGGUGCAUACAAGGGUCUCAAUGGUGUGCUUGGCCACGCCGGAUGGCAAUGGUUGUUUAUUGUCUGUGGCAUCAUCAGUCUACCGAUUGCUAUCACGGGAUACUUCUUUUACCCAGACUUCCCCGAGACGACUCGCGCAUUCUACAUCACCAAAGAGGAAGCAGAAUUCGCACGAAGACGGUUAAUUGCCGACGGCAUGAAACCCCUUGGAGCAUCCGCAUGGGACCGCACAAAGAUCUUCCGUAUUAUGAAACAGUGGCAGUUCUGGGUUCUGCCCGUGGGAUACUUUCUCGUUCAAGGAAGCUACCCAAUUUAUCAACCUGUUUUCGCCCUUUGGCUCAAAUCAACUCAUCAUUCUAUUUAUCAAGUCAACGUUUGGCCUACAGGUCAGUACGCUGUUGGUGUAGUGGUGCAGUUACUUGCUGGCGUCAUUUCUGAUUCUCCUUUGCUCCGUGGUAGACGCUGGCAAACCCUUAUAGCCAUGCAAAUCCCCACAAUCUUUGCCUGUAUCGUACUCGCCGUCUGGGAUGUUCCGAUUGGCCUCAAAUACGCGGCCUAUUAUCUGACAUUCACUGCUGCCGGAGUCCCAGGUAUCUAUUACGCUUGCUAUAUUCAGUCUAUUUGGUGGACUUUGACGGUUUGGAGGACGGUUUUGGCGCCUCGUUUUCAUGCUGCGUUUAUUGGCGCUUCUUGUUUAGGGGUUACUCUCUGUGUCCUUGCCGUUGUGCUCCGACUUUUGGAAAAGCAUGAUAUCAAGAAGCGAGCUUUGGUCGAUGAGGGUACAGGUGAUGAGGAAACAGCAAGAACGGGUGCUAGGUAG